AUGUCGUCGGAAAUCACGAAUCCCCCGCUGAGGGGCCACUCCGAGAAGGAGACUACCGGCUUUCGCGCCGAGGAGCAGCCAUCCACUUAUCUGGACCCCAAGGGCGAUGGAGAGCCCAGUAACAGGGCAAAUGGUCCAUUUAUCCCCUCGCGUCUGGGCACGCACCUCAGAAAGUUCGAGCAGCAGCUUGUUGAGUACAAUCUCGAAGCUCGUGGGAUUGAGCGCGUGCACGAGGGCGAACGGAAGAAGAAACUCACCUGGGUGUCCUACCUCCAGGCUUUCCUACUCUGGGUUUCGAUCAAUCUGGCGGCUAACAACAUCACGCUGGGGAUGCUGGGGCCUGUUGUAUACCAGCUGAGCUUCCGCGAUUCGGCGCUGUGUGCCGUCUUUGGGGCUUUGCUUGGCUCCCUGGCGUCCUCGUGGAUGGCUACCAGGGGCCCUAUUUCUGGAAUCCGGACCAUGGCUUUUGGACGUUAUGCAAUGGGCUGGUGGCCUAGCAAGAUCGUGGUGAUCUUGAACCUGGUUCAGAUGCUGGGAUAUUGCUUGAUUGACUGUGUGGUUGGAGGCCAAAUUCUAUCUGCUGUCUCACCCAAUGGCAAUCUUUCCGUGGCAGUUGGCAUCGUGAUCAUUGCUGUCAUUAGUUGGAUCAUCGCUACAUUUGGCAUCGAUGCUUUCCAUUUCUAUGAGCGCUUCGCAUUCCUGCCUCAGCUUAUCGUCGUGUGCAUUCUUUUUGGUGUAUCUGCAACCAAAUAUGACUUAUCCACGCCAUCUCAAGGUGAUCCUCGCACGAUUGUUGGUAAUCGGCUGUCGUUCUUCUCUAUCUGUGUCAGUGCCGCUAUCACAUAUACACCGUUGGCGGCGGACUUCUUCGUCUACUACCCAGAGAGAACUUCGAAGUGGGCCAUCUUCUCCUUGUCAUUGUUCGGCCUUAUGACCUCAUUCACUCUGGCCCUCGUGGCCGGUAUUGGCCUGGCAUCCGGCAUCGCAUCUCACCUUGAGUACGAUGCCGCCUACACACAGGGCGCUGGUGCUCUGAUCGUGGAGGGCUUCGGUCCUUUGCAUGGCUUCGGCAAAUUCUGCUCUGUGAUUGUCGCACUCGGCCUCAUUGCCAACACCGUCGCCCCGACCUACUCCGCCGGAGUCGACUUCCAGAUCCUCGGCCGAUAUGCGGAGAAGAUUCCUCGGGUGGUCUGGAACACCUUCGGCGUGGUCAUCUAUAUCGUCUGCGCCUUGGCCGGCCGUAGCCAUCUUUCGGAGAUCUUCACCAACUUCCUGGCCCUGAUGGGGUACUGGGUCGCCAUCUGGAUCGCCAUCAUCUUCGAAGAACGCUUCAUCUUCCGCCGCAAUAGCGGAUACAACUGGUACGCGUGGAAUGACGCUUCACAGCUGCCCAUCGGAAUCGCAGCCUUCAUCGCCUUUGUGGUCGGCUGGGUCGGCGCGAUCCUCUGCAUGGCCCAGUACUGGUACAUCGGCCCGCUUGCAGGAUUAGUCGGUCAAUACGGCGCGGAUAUGGGCAACUACGUCGGAUUCACCUGGGCGGGCCUCAUCUACCCUCCCUUGCGAUACAUCGAACUUCGCUAUUUCAAGCGGUGA